AUGUUAUAUCUCAUUCCUUUUUAUCAUACGUUACGAUGCUAUUCUUGUCGCGGAGAGAAACGAUGUGAACUUUUAUUAUCAUCAACGACUGUGAAAUUAGUCUAUGGAGAUGAUUUUUAUGAUUCAUGUUCUAUAACAAGGAAUGUCAAUGGUUCAAUCAUUCGAGAUAUUGUACCGUCAUAUCGUUGUCAAAGUUCACCAUCCCAAUUCUGUUGUAAUCAAGAUCUGUGUAAUUCACUUUCAUCGCCGCCACUACCAGCCUUGACAAAGCUUACAUGUACCAUCAGUAUCUGCCCACCGCAUAGUAGUACAUGCAAUCAGACGAUCGUCUAUCGAGGCAGUGCAACUCAAUCAUGUGUCACAAGAUAUGGUAAAUUUACGUAUAAAUCAUAUCAAACAGGGUGCUUGUCCAAUGCUACCACAUCUCUUAAUGCAUCAUGUUGUUAUUCUCCUGGAUGUAAUAACCAAAUUCUUACUCGAAAUGAAGCAAGAUACUGUUAUACAUGUGAUUCACGGAUAACUGGUUUGAAAGGUUGUGACAUUCUGAAUACAUCAAGUCCUUUUGUCUACAAUUCGAUAUCGUCCGAUCCAUCAGAAUCGUGUGCAAUGAUUAUUGGUCUAUCAGGAAAGGAUUUUGUUACAGGACAAAACUACCCUGCUUUUACAAUACGGACUUUUAUCAGUAAUUGUACGAAUCAAUCAUCAGGUGAUGUGACGUAUGGCGGAAUUCGAUUCCAAGGUCGUAUCGAUUGCUGUUCAACUGCGCUCUGUAACACAGACCCCUUAUAUAUAAAUAUAACUAUUCCAUUAAACAUAACACGCGCUACCAAUCGUAUUUUGAAAGUGACGAUAUUUAUCACAAUCUUCAUUCUCGGCAUUGGCUUUGUUAUAAUUGGCAUGGCUAUAUCUAUAUAUCGAUUUAUACUUAAAAACUCUCUUCAUCGUUAUCUGCCAAUUGUUCGAAGUGGUUGA